AUGACGGUGCCGCGCCUCGAGCAGCUCCAGGAGCUGUACAAGAAGCGGCUCGAGCCCGACAUCGUCGCCAUGGUCUGGGAGUCCGUCGGAGGCAACACCGACAUGUGCGAGGCGGCGCUGCGCGACAUCGCAUCGACGCAGGCGACGGACCACGGCCCCAGCGCCCAGGACGCCUACGGGUCGCGCCACGAGGCGCCCACGGCCACCAACGGCCCGUCCAACCCCCCCACGGCCUCCGUGUCGCCCUGCCAGCCCCACACGCCCACCUACGGGCAGACGCAGGCCGCGCCGCCCCCCCCCGCGCAACACCCUGGGCGCGUGAUGCUCCGCGCGCGGCGGACGCGGCCCCGGGACGACGCGCGCGCGGCGCCGCGACGAGCGUGGUGGCCGUCGAGUACGGAGGUCGUGCAGCGAGCGACGCACGCGUACUCGGCGGACGACGGCCGCGCGUGGGCGCGGCUCAUGGUUGCGGGAGAGAGCCACGUCGGCCCUCCCGAGGACGACGCGCCCGCCGCAGGCGCUCUCAUCGCGCCCGCGAAGGCUCCUUCGCCCAAGAAGGCCGGCCGGCGCAAGCAGCGGGGCUGGGGGGCCGUGCAGGAGGACCCGGGAAUGUCCGAGGAGGCGUUGCGACUCGAACGGAUGCGCAUCGCGCUGAUGGUGGACGACGAGGAGGUGGGGUCCGCGGAGGAGACGAGCGAGGAGGAGGAGGAGGCGGACGCGGGCGCGGAGGAGCACUGGCCGCGGCUCGGGGCGGCGGGGCAGCAGCGGGGUGCGGCGGUGCCGGGGUCGCCGGGAGGGUCCGCGCAGCCGCCGCGCGCGCCGCCGGCGGCCGCGAAGGCGCCGCAGCGGUCGCCGAAGGCCGCGCGCUCCCCGAAACCUCAACCGCCGAAGCAGCAGCAACAGCCACAGCCGCACGCGGCGCCCAGCGGCCCGGGCUCGCCGCCGCGCGCGCAGAUCUCGCCGGCGCGCUCCGCACCGCAGGCCCGGCCCACGCGGCCCGCGCAGCCUUCCGUCGCGGCCGCGCCGGCCACCAGGGACGAAGAAACCGCCCUCGCCCACGCGCGGCAGCUGCACGAGGCCCGCGGGCGCGCAGACGCCGGCCACAACCAGGCGGCGCGGCCCGCGGAGCCGCUGCUGGACGACCGCGCGGCGCUGCAGGCGAGGGUGGAGGCAGCGGCGAUGUCGAGGCGCCAGCCGCUGUGGGACAACCCCCUGAAGUACCCCAAGGGCGGCGCGGUGUUCGUGUGCAACGCGGAGACGCAGGACGAGUGUCUGGUCCGGAUGCUUUUGGCGGGCGCGAGCAGGCGCGUCAUCGCCGGCAUCGAGCCGGGCAUGGCGCUGUUCCUGGUCAACGUGCAAAGCAAGCGGGUGUUUGGCGUGUUCGAGCUGGACGACGAGGGCUUUCCGGGCGCCUGCGUGGGCCGGAACCUGGUGCCGGAGGCCUUCCAGUCGCGGUUCCAGUUCCAGGCGCGUGUGCGGCUCGCGCGGGGCCUCGAGCCCAACGACGCGUACCAUGGCCAGACGCUGGCCUGCAUGCGGCGCGGGCUGACGUCCCACGGCGUCAAGGGGUGCUCUGAGUUCUUCGACGGCGCGGACAAGCAGCGGCUGUCGCCCGAGGCCGCGCAGCGCGCGGCGUUGAUCUUCUUCUGCGUGGCGCAGCAGCGGGCGACGUCGCACGAGCGCGACAGCGGGCCCGCGUCGCCGGCCGCGGCGCGCCCCCGCCGUCGCGCCUCCGCCGCCCCCGCCGCCGCCCCGCCGCGCUCCCCGCCGCCGCGCCCCCGCCGCCGCUCGCGGCGCGCUCCAGCCCGCGCCUCCGCCGCCGCAGCGCAGUCCCCGAGCGCCGCGCUCCCGCCGCGCGCGCCGCCGCCGGCCGCCGCCGUCGACCUCGCGACGCCCCCCGCGGAAGCGCAGCCCGACCCAGACCCGCCGCAGAGCGCGGCCGCACCCCUGUCGCUCGCCACGGCGCCGCCGACGAUCGACGAGGAGGCCCAGAGCAUGAUGCUCCUCCUCCUGCGCAACGCGUUCCCGACCGUCGAGCCCCGCAUCGUCCAGGUCAUCCUGACUCAGGCUCGGUUCGACUGGGACUUUGCCUUCCGCACGCUGGAAGAGAUGGCCCAGAUGCUGCGCAUGGCCGCGCAGGCGAAGCAGCAGAUGGCGGCCGGCGGCGCGGCGGUCCCGGAGUCGGCCCGGCAGCACAUGCGCAUCGUGGACGCCGCGCUCGAGCUGUGGAUCGAAUUCGUGGUGGUGCCGUACGACAUCGUCAAGGUCGCGGUGGUCGACAAGGACGGCGACGUGAACGCGGCGCGGCUCGAGCUGAUGCAGCAGCUCGGCGUGCCUCUCGAGGACGACGACGCGCAGGACGGCGGCGAGGGGAGUCUGCAGGAUGAUAGUUCCUACUCGAGUCCGACUGACGGCGUGGACGCGGGCGCGGACCGCGCGCAGAGCUUCGAGAUCGCGGGCGCGCGCAAGCUGCUCCGGAAACGCGCCAAGCUCGUCGACAUGUACCCCGGGAAGGACCCGUACGCUCUAAUGCAGGCGCUGGUGGCCAACAACGGCAGCCUCGAGGCGGUGCAGCGGCAACUGGGUCCGCCCGCGGCGAACCGCUUCUCCGCGACGAAGGAGGCGCGGCGGAACGCCCCGGGCCCCGCGAGCGACAAGGUCCGCGCGGAGAUCACGGGGCACAAGCAGGAGGUGCGCGAACUGCAGCAGCGGCUCGAGGAGGCGCAGGCGCUGCUGAAGCGCAUGUCGUCGACGGGGCUGCCGCGGGAGGCGCUCGCGGAGCAGAUGGGCACCGUGCACGCGCUGCGGGAGCGGCUGCGCGAUGCGUCGCAGAAGGCGCGGCGCGCCGACAACUUGCUGCGGGAUCAGCAGUCGCGGAGCCGGCUGGAGCGGGACCUGCACGGGCUGCACGUGGAGGAGGCGCUCGAGGUGCUUGGGGAGGUGCUGGGGCUGGCGGAUCAGAUGCCGGGGCGCGUGGAGCUGCACCUGGUGACGGGGCGCGGGAACAACUCGCGCGAGAACAACCCGCGGAUUCGGUCGGCGGUGGAGAGCCGGCUGACGCACCUGGGGCUGCCGUGGCGGUACGAGGUCAAGGCGGGCGGCAGCGUCAACGACGGGAAGGUCGUCGCGAUCAAGACGCCAAAGUGA